AAUGAGGCGUUUUUCGAUUCAUUCCAUUUAUGAUCUUUUUCAUUUCACCCCUUUCUGAACUUGAGUACAAAGGUUCCAAUUGAAAUCAAGAUGAAAGCAUUAUAUCUGUUGUUCUUUCUGUGCAUAUUGACAUUCACAUAUGGUUGGGUGUCUACAGGUAUAACUGAUAAGAAAAAAAUGAAAGGACAUCCCAAUCAAUGUUGGACAGAAGAGGUGGGCUAUGUUGACAUUGGAAAGAAAAAAAACAUACCGAAGAGAUGUGCCGAAUUAUCUUGUGAAAAAAACGGACGAUAUAUAAUUCAGGGAUGCGGAGCUAUACAUGUUCAACCGAAGUGCCAAGUGAAGAAAGGAGAUCAGUCCAAACCAUAUCCAGAUUGCUGCUUCAAAAUAAAAUGUUAAUCGCAACAAUGCACGAAUUUCAAAACAUUCUGUACUAUAUUUGUGUUAAAUCAACAUGGUCCGAUUAUAUUG